UGCAACACCAAAAUACCUUUGAGUUUGAGGCUUUGUGAGUACACAAUCAUGUAUCUUGUCGUGUAAACGAUGUCACUGCGGACGGAGGUUACGGCUAGGGUAUCUAUAUCUGCCGUUUAAAAAAAGAGUCGUUCAUCCUAGAUCCUGCCGGCCGUGUCGGAAAGAAACGCCUUUCGUCCACAAGGCGAAGCACGCGACACACGGCGGCAUCAGGGGCGCUACAGAAACGCCUCAAAUACUCCAGCGAACACCAUCUCAAUGUGUUGCGUGCCUGACUAGUGACUGGACAUCUAUCGGUUGUCGAAUAACAGCGGUUCAUUGAUAAGCAACCCACUGGCCGGCGCUGCAACCAUCUAUCGUACGAUCGUAUGUACGCUUGUCGGCAGUUUGCUCUGUGGCGAGGUUUGGAGCUGAGCUGCAGGCGACAGUGGGCUGAGGCGACGCUGUCGGUCCGCAGGUGGUACAAGGACACCAACAGCGACAGACCCAGUCGUGGAAAUAAAGGUACUCCGACUGAAUGUAAAUCAACGGAGGGAGUGUCUGGAAAUCAAGCCGAGUGUCCGCAGACGACGCCGGCUGCUGGUCACGGGGAGCCAGUCACCGCAGUGCUGCGUAGCCUAAGCAGGCCCGCAGCACCAGCACCCGCCCUGUCGCUAGCUGCGGCUACAGCUGCUACUGCGCCGCCGGUGUCGGUGUGGGUGCAAAACACAGCAGCACGAGUCACGACGACGGACUCAUCGGCGCCUAGAACUGCGGAGAGUGGACGGCCGGCGCACACUAGCUGCACUGCAUCCAUGUCGGCCGAUGUGUUGACGACUGCAGAGCUGGGCCAUGGGAGUAGCGCAUCAGCGCGCCAGGUGUUCCGUUUCGAAGGUGGUAUAGUGUUCAGUAGUGACUUUGACUCUGGCAACCUGGGAAACGUGGAGAGGAUUGGUGGCGGCGGCGCGGUGGAGGAGCCCAAUGACGUCAUUGCCGGCAGCCGACCAGCAGCGGCGUUAGCGACGGCGUCGAAAGCAGAGUUCAACGUUUGGACUAUGAGAGACAACUGCGGCGGCGAUCGCGAGGGCAAAAGUGACUCUUGGUUCUACUUCUCCGUCAAGGGCGUGAGCGCGGGCAGUACGCUACGCAUACACCUCAUGAACUUCAAACAGAAGAAACUGUUCACGCAAUCCUGGCUGCCAGUGUUCAAGACGACGCACGACCCCUACAAGGCGUUCGGUCGUCUGAAAGAGAAGCCGUCAUUGUCCAAAGACGACGAGGGCCGCUUCAUCCUGAGCAUCGACUUCAGGAUCGGCUCGCCGAACCAGACCACCUGGUUUGCCUUCACAUAUCCUUACAGCUACAAUAGCCUGCAGAAGACGCUGCUCAGACUGGAGAGUACGUACGCGGCCACUGCCGGCACUGGUCAACACCUUGCCAGUCAAGACAUGGCCAGCAUGCAGGCAUCUACGACAUCGUUAGCCAGCUCAUCCUCUACAUCUUUACAUCUAGGUCGUAAAGCCGAGCCAACGAAGCAGCAGAUACCUAGCGAUCUCUACUUCCACCGCGAGCCGCUGAUCUAUACAAGCUACGGUCGUCAGGUUGACCUUAUCACACUGUCUUCAACGAGAGGCAAACAAGAUGAACUGGAACCACGCUUGCCCGGUCUCUUUCCAGAUGGUAGCAUACCAACAUCGGCACGGUUCAAGGAUAAAAAGGUGGUGUUCAUCAGUGCACGGGUACACCCUGGCGAGGUUCCAAGCAGCCAUGUCUUCAACGGCCUGCUGGAGUUUCUGUUGAGAGGCGACGACGUGCGCGCCAAGGAGCUGCGCGAGCGCUUCGUCUUCAAGCUGGUCCCGAUGCUGAACCCGGACGGCGUGUCGCGGGGCCACUUUCGCUCUGACACGCGGGGCGUCAACCUGAACCGGGUGUACAUCAAGCCCCACUGCCACGCACACCCGUCGAUCUACGCAGUGCGUCAGCUGAUGCUCUAUCAUCACUGCCUGGGUAGCCAUAUGGCCAACUGUCCUCUAUCGGCCAUGUCGGAGGAGGAGGUCUGUGAGGCGUUCACGAAAUUUGACCUCAUGUCUGCGAUCAAACUGCCAUUGGCGUACGACGAUCUGAAAGCGGAUGCGCCGUGGGGAGAGGAGAUGAACGGCGACCCAGUGUUACCUCGGUGCAGUUGUAACUUUAGCAUCUCACGGCAAAGCGGACUGGUGCUGUAUGUGGACUUGCAUGCCCACGCCAACCGACAGGGCUGCUUCAUGUUCGGCAAUCACUUUGGCGAUGCCAGCCAGCAAGCGCUGUCGGAGCUCUUCCCCAAGCUAUGCUCGCUGAACAGCCCGUUCUUCGAGUUUGGCCAGUGCGCGUUCUCCGAAUCCGGCAUGAAAAGCAAAGAAGGUUCCGGCCGCGUUGCAAUGCACAGAGCUACCAACCUUGUACAUUGUUACACACUCGAAUGUCACUACGGCAGCAGCAGAGCGCCGAACCCGGUGGUCAUGAUCAACACCACUGACGGCCGUGUAAGCCCAGUGACAAAGUCCUACGCCUGCGCUCUCUAUGAAGUCAAGCAUUUCGAGCAGGUUGGACGAGCACUGGGUGUCUCCAUCCUGGAUUUACUGGGUCAAAACCCGUGGUCUCGGCUUAACAAGCUCACACCACCCAUGACCGUGCACAGGCUAAGGAACACACUAGAAGCAGCCAUCAGCAGAGUGCGCGUGCAAGAUGGCGAAAAGGGAAGAAAGCGUCACGGUCAAGAUGCAAGAGGGAGAGCUGACGGUGCCGGUGCAAGCAAAUGGACAACAAGCAAGUUGGACCUGGAAGACGCACAGCCACAGUUGAAUCGACGUGCUGCCUCACGGGUAAGGCCUUCUGGCCCAUCGGUGCCACCUGGGCGUGGGUGUACAGUGCAGAAAAGGCCUGCCAUGACUGCUGCUGCUGCUGCUGCCCAGCGUAGACCGAGCGUUGUUUCGCUAAACGGCAGCAAGAGCAACACCGUCCUGGGACGGUGGGAAGUGAUUGGUGAUCCGGAGAACAUGCGACUCCGGUCGCAGACUAAUCUCCUGUCAUCACAGAGGAGCGCGGGUACCUUAUCCCGUCACCAGCCCGCAGCUGGGAGAGCGGUGCACAGGGCAAGGCUAGCUGCAGGUGUCCAAUUACCCGAUGUCUCUCCACCGGGCACGCUGAGCGUGCGAGGGCACACCACACACUGGAACCAUGGCAGCGGGUCGGCUCUAAAGUCCAGGCAAACCGCAAGGACGAGAGGAACGGCAACAGUCAAGCCACCGACAUUUCGGCCGGGUUCGCAUAGCACAGGUCACCAUCGACUACAAGUACAUCGUCCAUCGCCGUCCGUGAUGAUCACCUCCCCAAAGCGCCAUGCAAGACAGUCUAGAAGUGUAUGCACGCCUGUUCGCACGCGUCACUGAGAACGGCAUUAAAUACAACAGCUGCCGAGAGAAUGCAGGAAUGACAACGCUGGUAACAUCCCUGCCUGCCUCGCCUCUCACACGUCUGUCGUCAGACGUUGUAACUGUCACACAUCACUCUCAAGUACGGUGCAGCAGUCACUGUCAAUCUAGUAUUGUUGAUUCUACACGUGGCUGUUGCCGCCGCUGUUGCUGCUGCUGCUGUCUGCAUUAGAGAGCAGCAACAAUUCUCAUCCGACCCGGAAAAUCUCUGCCCAAGUACUGACCCUGGGUCCUAUUUUACACUGUACUUCUGGUAAAGAUGAUUUUGCUCAUUACAACUGAUCUAUCUCAUUAUAACACUCAGCAAGACUAUUUACUUCAAGCGCUUGACUACAACCAGUUUGCCAGUAUUCUACAAGCCCUUUCAAUGACUUGUCAUCCAAUGCAUUCAAGCAAAGGAGCAACACUGAUGCUCCUUAUUUACUGUA